AUGAUGCCGCGGGUGGAGGCGCUCGCCGCCGACCGCGCGCGGCUGGAGGCCGUCAACGCGCUGCAGCACGAGUCUUGGCCCCUGGGAGGCCCGCGACGUUCGCCUCCAGUGCGCAUAUCACCUAAUCUUUACAUAAUCAGGUUGCUACGGACUGCUACCCUUGUCUGCUGCACUGAAUAUAGAACACCUAAUUCCCUAAAGAGUGAAAAUGAGGAUCUAAAGAUUUUAUACAAGUGUGAGCUGGAAAACGAGGAGCUUAAGAUAAGAGCCAACGACCGGGAGGAGGAGGACGCACGGCAGCGUCAGAAUCAGCGCGUCGGAUCCGGCCGAGGCUUACGUCGACACGGAUGCGGAGGCUCUAGCUGCAGCCGCCGCGCUCUAUGCCCCGCCCCUGCUCGCCGAGCCCUGCCUCUCUGGAUCUCCAGCAAUGGAGGUCGCUUCUGGCAUGUUCCGCAAGUUCAAAACGAAGAAGAUCUCUGUUUGCACAGCCCUUCAGGGGAACAAAUGGAUUUCUGCACUCCGUCAGGCCAAGAUGUCGUCUCCUGGUGUUGGACAACAGAUGGAAUGUAUAUGACGCGCUCAACCUACAAGGCAAUGUUCUGGGGCUCUUACUCGAGCACUUGCUCUCGAACUUUCUGGAAGGCUUUGGCUGAAAACAAAGUAAAAAAUUUCUGUUGACACCUGUCGCUUGGGAGGAUUCUGACCGCGGACAAGCUGAUCCAGAGAGGAUGGCAAGGAAGCGAGAUUUGUUCGAUGUGCAGUUCACAGGAGGAGU